AUUCCCCUGGAGAAGGGAUAGGCUAUCCACUGCAGUAUUCUUGGGCUUCCCUGGUGGCUCAGAUAGUAAUGAAUCUCCCCGAAAUUUGAGAGACCUGGGAUCAAUCCCUGGGUUGGGAAGAACCCCUGGAGAAAGAAACGGCUACCCACUCCAGUAUUCUUGCCUAUGAAACCCCAUGGACAGAGAUGCCUAGCGGCCUACAGUCCAUGGGGUCACAAAAGUCUGGGAAAUGAAUGGGUGACUAAACAACAACAAGAAGGUGGUUUGGAUGUUUGCUCACGUGUGACACAAGAGUGUGUAAGACCUGAAAUAUCUCUGAGAAGAGGUGGGAGCAUGUGUGCUUCAGUCAUGUCUGACUCUGUGCGACCCUAUGGACUGUAGCCCACCACUGGUAGCAGCGGUAAAUUAAAAUUUCAGCGCCUGUAAUUCUGGCCAUCUCCCAAGACAAAGAAAUUGCCCUAAAGAAGAGUCUGGUUCUAAGAAAUAGGGCCGCCCAUUUUGCCUACUAAUAUGUUAGCCACAAAAUACACAUCUCUGAGUUUACUGGUCAAAGGAGCCUGCCAAAUGCACUUAUGAUAUUAAUCACUUUCCAAUUAGAAUGUUUGCCAAUGAUAAUUAUUUUUUCUAUUACAGUUAAAAUUCAGUCUUUCCUCCCUACACCGUAAGUGUGGAGUCACUUUCUUCCAAAGACCACAGUAUAGAAAGGGGUAGAAAGAGCAACUUUACAAUGAGGAAACAAAAAUGGCAUUUUACCUCUGUGGUCUUCUUCCCAAGGAUACACAACCUCAGCCUAUCCCUAAGAUAAACGUCAAACACAUCCCAAGUAAGGGACAUUCUACAAAACACCUGAAUAGUAUUCAAAACGGUCAAAAGUCAUGAAAAACAAGAAAAGUUUGAGAACCUAUCAUAGUCUAGAGGAGACCUGACAACAAAAUGUCAUGUGAUAAACCUGGGUGGUGGGAUCUAGGAACAGAAAAAGGGUAACAGAUAAAGAAGAGCAAAAUCUGAAUAAAGAAGGCACUUCAGUUAAUACUAAUAUAUGAAUCCUGGUUCGCCCAUUGUGAACAAAGUACCACACCAAGAUAAGAUGUUACAAAACGGAAAACUGGUGUGGAAUAUUUGAGAACCCUUUGUACUAUCCUAAUAAUUUUUCUUAAAUCUGAAACUCUUCUAAAAUUAAAAGUUCAUUUUACAUUUCAGUCUUUCUUCUUGAUAAGAAGCAGAUAUCCAGACCAUUUGCACGUCAAGUUUUCUAAUUAAUAAUGAAAAUAGAAUCCUCCUCUCCUUUGCGUGUGUGCAUUAGUCACUAAGUCGUGUAUGACUCUGCCACCGCAUGGACUGUACCUGACACCCAGAGGCCAGGCUACUCUGUCCAUGGAAUUCUCUAGGCAAGAAUACUGGAGUAAGUAGCCAUUCCCUUCUCCAGGGGAUGAUCCCGACCUAGAGAGCAAACCACGGUCUCCUGUGAAGCAGGCGGACUCUUUACCAUAGAGGCUCCAGGGAAACCCCACCCCACUCCCCCAACAACCUCUGCGCGUCCCCCACGCCCAACCCUCCGCUGCGUCCUCCCCCGUCCCAUCAUGCACUACUCCCAACCCCACCACAGGCUCCUGCGAAGUUAAUGUGGUCCCUUCAGCCAAUGGCAAAUGGGUGGUAGGUGGGACUUCGUCUGAUUGGACAAAUGAAAUGAAACGCAGGCUCAGGACAGCGUAGCAUGGCCAAUCACUGUGGGGGAGUCCCUAUAAAAGGGCUCAGGCGGGCUGCCGUCUGAGAGGAAGAAAGAUGGCGGCAGCUGACGGCGAUAACUCGCUCGACCCCAUGUCGAUCCUCAUAGACGAGCUCCAGAAUGAGGACAUUCAGCUUCGCAUCAACAGCAUCAAUAAGCUGUCCACCAUUGCGUUGGCCCUUGGAGUCGAAAAGACCCGCAGUGAGCUUCUGCCCCUCAUUAUAGACAUUAUGUACGACGAGGACGAGGUCCUCUUGGCCCUAGCCCAGCAGCUGGGCACCUUCACCCCUCUGGUCGGAGGUCCCGAGUAUGUUCACUACCUGCUUCCACCCCUAGAGUUGCUGGCUGUGGACGAGGAGGCCAUAGUGCGGGAGAAGGCAGUGCAGUCCCUGAGGGCCAUCUCGCAUGAGCACUCACCCUCCCAUCUCGAGGACCACUUUGUGCCACUCGUGAAGCGGCUGGUGGGCGGCGACUUGGUCAACUCCCGCAUCUCAGCCUGCAGCCUUUUCUCCGUCUGCUACCCUGGCGUGUCCAUUGCCAUCAAGGCGGAACUUCUACAGUGCUUCCGGGAUCUGUGCUCAGACAACAGCCUCGUGGUGCGGUGUGCAGCAGCCUCCAACCUGGAGGAUUUUGCCAAGGUGCUUGAGAUUGACGACAUCAAGAGUGAGAUCAUCCCCAUAUUCUCCAACCUGGCCUCUGACGAGCAGGAUUCGGUGCGGCUGCUAAUGGUGGAAGUGUGCGUGAACAUCGCCCAGCUCCUGCCCCAGGAGGCCCUAGAGGCCCUGGUGAUGAUCACUGUGUGCCAGGCUGCCGAGGACACAUCCUGGCACGUCCGUUACAUGGUGGCCGAGAAGUUCACAGAGCUGCAGACAGCAGUGGGGCCUGAGAUCACCAGGACGGGCCUGGUCCCUGCCUUCCAGAAUCUGAUGAAAGACUGUGAGCCUGAGGUGAGGGCCGCUGCCUCCUACAAGCUCAAAGAAUUCUGUGAAAAUCUCUCCGCUGACUAUCAGGAGGAUGUGAUCCUGACCGAGAUCUUGCCUGCCAGCCAGGAGCUGGUCUCAGAUACCAACCAGCAUGUCAGGUCCGCCCUGGCCUCUGUCAUCCUAAGCCUCUGCCCCAUCCUGGGCAAAGAUAACACCAUCGAGCACAUCAUGCCCCUCUUCCUGGCUCUGCUGACGGAUGAGUGCCCGGAUGUGCGGCUGAACAUCACCUAUAACCUCAAUUGCAUGAAAGAGGUGAUUGGCAUCCAGGAGCUGUCCCGGUUUCUGCUCCCCACCAUCAUGGAGCUUGCGGAGGAUGCCAAGUGGCGGGUGCGUCUGGUCAUCGUUGAGUACAUGCCUCUUCUGGCUGGACAGUUUGGGCUGGAGUUCUUUGAUGCACAGCUCCACUCCUUGUGCAUGUCCUGGCUUGUGGAUCAUGUCUAUGCUAUCCGCGAGGCGGCCGCCAACAACCUGAAGAUGCUGGUGGAGCAGUUUGGGAAGGAGUGGGCCCUUGCCGCUGUCAUCCCAAGGGUCCUGACCCUGUCUGAGGAACCCAACUACCUGCACCGCAUGACUACACUCUUCUGCAUCAAUGUGCUGUCUGAGGUCUGUGGGCAGGACAUCACCACCAAGCACAUGCUGCCUACAGUGCUGUGUAUGGCUGGGGACCCCGUCGCCAAUGUCCGCUUCAACGUGGCCAAGUCCCUACAGAAGAUCGGGUCCAUCCUGGACAACAGCACACUGCAGACUGAGGUCAAGCCCAUCCUGGAGAAGCUGACCCAGGACCGGGAUGUGGAUGUCAAGUUCUUUGCCCAGGAGGCUCUGACUGUCCUGUGUCUUGGUCCUGUCUCUCGCAUGAUGCUGGAAGAGGAGCCAACGCCAGCCUCUGCUGGACAUGAAUAUUCACCUUUUUCUCUUUGAAUGAGUUAUUGCCUGUUUUCCCACAUCUGCUUAGAAUACUAUGCCCCAUCCUGGCUCAACAGCUCUGUACCACGGAAAGUGAGAUUUGUACCCCAGUGCCUGCCCUGAACGUCGGGUAAUUCAACUGAGAAGUGUCUCCAAAAUCCUGCUGAGAUGACUCCUGGAUCUACCCAUGGAAUGCCUUCUGAAACUCAUGUAUCACAAGUGUUUCUCAUUUUUCAAAGCAUAAAUAAAAAAUAAAAAGUAGUGG